GCCACUCUACUAUAUGAGUAUAAACUAUAAUUAUAUCAUUUCACAGUCUUUUUUAAUGAUUUUCAGCUUUACUAAUUUAAUGUGCAUCUGCUUCGACUGACCAUUUUUAGUUUACAAGUUUCAAGUCGCCUGAACAAUUGUUUCCCUCUGAUUCUCUCAGUGUGGUAAAAGGCGGGCACGUGGACUUGUGAUCGAUGAUGGAGAUCGCGUCCAGACUCCAGAGUGUUAUUUGCUAUCCACGAAAACCUUAAACCAUCGCGAAUCCGAGUUACGAUUUAGAUCUGCAGUACUGUACUGGCUCCGUGGCUCGUAUAAAUCGGUGGUCCAUUUCUGAAUUCUAGCAAGUAUCGACAUCCUGUGGGAUUUCUCGGAUGAACGCCUGAGAUUGCUUUCUUCGGCUAGCCUCUGUGUGUAUUUUUGACUUGGAGUGGAUAAUUUUAAAUUCAAGGCUUCCCGGUACGGCUGCGGCGUUUGCUUCUGCUUGUGCUUGUUAUGGGAGUUAUCCAAGCAUUCAAAGUUAUCGUUUGUGUCAAAUAUUGUGUGGAUAAUCAAUUUGAUGCCCUUACUUAUUCGGAAUAUUUGAAAAUGAGGCUUGAGUAUGAGUGUUCGUGAAGGAAAGCGCCGGCUGCGUGCGCGGGAAGAAAGACGGAAAACCAACCCGGGAUUGACGGAAAUGGCGGAUGAUGUGGUCAAGGACAUCAUUAAGGGGCGCACAGAUGAACAAGAAAGAGUACAGCAGAAAGUUUUUGCGGAAUGGAUAAAUUCGCGUUUUUCUAAGGGUGGAAGCCCAGUCCGCAUUAAUGAUUUGUUCCAUGACUUGCGGACGGGAAUCACUUUGGCAGCGUUAACGGAGAUUUUAACGGGGAUUAAAGUUCCCGUGGAAAAAGGACGAACUCGAUUACAUCACGUCUGUAAUAUUGCGAAAGCCUUGGAAAUUCUGGAGCAGAAUGAGAUCAAGAUAAGCAAUCUUAACGUGUCGGCGGAUGAUAUUGCGGAUGGUAAUACAAAGCUGACCUUGUCAUUAACGUGGGCAGUCAUCCAGCAGUUUUACGUGAAACGGCUCAGUGGAGCAGUUGCUGAUUUGCGAAUAAGUAAUUUGGAAAAAACACUACUUUGUUGGUGUCAGCUCGCUACGAAAGGAUAUCAGCACGUAGAUGUGAGAAAUCUGUCGACCAGUUGGAGUGAUGGUCUAGCAUUUAAUGCCUUAAUCCAUAAGUACAGGGACCAUCUGUUCGAUUACUCCGCUCUGCUCAAUAAUACCGCGGAGGCUAAUCUUGCUCAUGCCUUCGGGAUUGCUAAGGAGCAUCUGGGUGUUAGUCCGCUUUUGGAUCCGGAAGAUUUGAUCCAAGGAACGCCUGACCAAAAAAGCAUUGUUACGUAUUUGUUGUGCCUUCUGGAAGUUCUGCCGCAGGAAACAAUGGAAGCGAAAGUGGUAGCCGCCAUUUCAGAAUUGGAUAGCAAUAUGAGCAAUGGCGACAAGCCUGCCUGGGAUGCCUCUGCAUACCAAUUAUCCAUCGAAAAUAUGCUAACCUGGAUGCUGUCAGUGGAGGAAAAACUUGAUCGGUGCGAAUUGGCCGAUAAUUUGCCGGAAAUACGGAAGCUGUGGGAUGAACAUGAAGUUCUUCUUUCUGAACUUGUAAUGCAAGAACACAGUCUCCGACACAUUCUGGAUCAUUCGGCACGAUUACUCCAGAAUCCGAAGUUGCCGGCUAAACGAGUUGCCGAUGUCGAAAACGAUAUUUCUGUGUUGACAGAAAAAUGGGAAAACGUACAGAUCAAGUCAAGCGAACGGACAAAAUUAUUGCAAAAAAUGAUCACAAUUUUGCAAGAAGAGCACUUGAAAAACGUUGAUAUUUGGUUGUCCGAUGCCGAAAAACGAAUGGAAUCCCUCAAAUCUAAUGCGAACAGCAUCGAAAGUAUGGAUGCCCAGUUACGGGAAUUAUCUAAACUGCAGGAUGAUCUGGAAAAGCAGUUGCCGGCGAUGAACGAAUUAUUGACCGUUGUGGUUAUUGGACUGAAUAGUGAUGACAAUGGUGCUCAGUCGCAGUUGGACGACUUCCGUCAACGUUGGGAAACCAUUUGUCGCUGGAGCGAGAGUCAAUGGUCCAUAGUGCGACGCAUUCGAACAUAUUAUGAGGAUUUCUUCAAAUUAUGCAAUGAGUGUGGCGAAUGGAUCACAAAUCGCAUUGAACUGCUCCAGGGUCUGCCUAGUGUGGCCGGUGAUCGAUUGGACUGGGUACAGCGGAAUGUGGAUCUGCUGCGCGAGAUGCAUGAUCAGAUGCUAGAUUAUCAGGAGCGGAUACAGACUCUUCAAGAGCGGUCCGAUGAAUUAGUGACGUAUUUCACUCCUCAGUCAUCCACGGGAAUGCAAGUCAGGCGACGUGAAGAGAAAAUCUGCUCAGAAUGGAACCACUUGGUGGAUUUACUGGAAUUUUGGACAUCCGAUAAAAAUAUGCACUUUGAUAAAAGUGAUGUUCUACGGACUUCGAAAAUACGCCACUCCAAAAGAUUUUCGGAUACGGUUGAUUCCAGCUUUUCGCCUCCUGCUUCGGACGAUAACGAGCAACCGCGGACCAAGAAAGCAAAACAGGAAGAAAUGGACGAGGGUUUAAUGGAGAAUUGCAAUGCACUAGUGGAGUGGUUGAAUGAAAAAGAGAGUACCCUAUCGUCAGUGCAGGCCUCGGCUGGCAGUUCUCCAGAUAUUGCCUUGAUUAAUCAGAUCAAAGACGAAAUGCACAACAGGGAAGCGGAAUACAAAAGCCUGAAAAUGUUGGGAGAGGACAUUAUUACCGAAAAGCACGCAGCGGGAGCAUCAUGCCAGAGUAUUGAAGAUAAACUAAACCAGUUGGCCGCUUUGUGGAUGAAACUCAACUGGAUAAUCGAAAACAAAAGUUCCACGGCCUUGUCCAUCGAUCAAGAUUUGGAAAUACUUCACAAUAAUAUGGCUGUUUUAAAAGACGUUCUGAUAAGCUGUCAGAAGACUGUGGAAAGAAUUGGAGGCGGAAAAGAUGUACCUGUACAGGUGAUGAAUCAGAAUGUGGAUGACUGCAAAGAUCGUUUACAUUUGAUGGAAAUCAAUCAGCCAAGGUUUAGACAAACCGCAUUAUUGGCAAAGCGGUUGGCCAUGGACGAUAUAUCUGAUAAAAAGAUUACCACAUCAGCAUGGGAUGAUUUUAACGAGCAGUGGCACAAAACAAAUGAUGAACUUAAUGGUUUGGUGCGAGAAUUAUCAGUCAUGAAGGAAAAUCAACCGGUGAAAGAGGUGUUAAAUGAUCUGAAAAAUCUUCAAAUGUGGACAAGUGAAAUUCACCAGAUGCUCAUGGAUGAACCUCCUGUCCGCAUGACUUUUUUGGAUAAGAUGGAGGGAAGUUUGCGACAUUAUAAUGAAGUGGAACAGUCGUUAGCUGAACGACAAGAAGUUUUGGAACGAAUUAACGCUCCUCCCAAACAGUUAGCGGAGAAACUAGUUGGAACAAAUUUUCAGUUGGACCUAGUCGAUUUAAAUUCCAAAUGGAAGGACAUACGACAGUAUUUGCAGUACAAUAUGAACGAGCUUAUGAAAUGGGUGGAAGAGCUGCGAGCAUUUCAGAUCGACAUGGAUGGAUUGAAACAGUGGAUGGUGGAUGUGGACACGUUCCUUAACAUUGACAUUGAAUCUGUUGAGGAUAACAAAACCUUCAUGCAGGUUCAGGAGCAGUUUCAGGGCCUGGAAGAAGAUAUAAAUGUCCUGCGACCCACCGUUGAUAAGCUGAUGGACACUGGUCGAUCUUUUCUUCGCAAUAACCAAAAAGAGUUCGUUGAAUGCAUUGAAAAAUGCCUCAAAGAGAUGGAAAGUCAGUGGACUUCUGUGCAUACCCGAGCGGCUCGGCAGCUGCAAACGGUAGCCGCCGUCUCAGCAGCGAGAAAGAAGAAUAUGACAGAAUUGCAAAGAGACAUGCAGGAAUUAGAGGAAAUUAGGCAUCGUGUGCCAGACGAUUCUAAUAUCAUGACACUGGAGGCCUUUGAAAAGGCUAUUGAAUCUGUCCAGGAAAUCAAAGCAAUCUUGGAAAGUAAAUUGAAUGAUGUGCGCGACAAGAAUGGCGCCGGAUCACCCAAUAACAGCCAAGACGACGAUGCGUUGCAUAGAUAUGAUUUAAAUUUACAAGAUUGUUUGGAGACAACAAAGAACCGAGAAGCCCAUUUCGCCAGUAUAUCUGAAAAAUGGCGUACAUUUUCUGAAAUGCUUACGGAACAUCAUUCCUGGAUGGAUAAGCUGGAGUCACUUAUUGUGAAAUUGGAGACUUGUGAUGAUGAAAAGUUGCGCAGAGAGCAACAAAUGGCAUUGCUUGAGUUCAUGAAAACACAGAACGGGGAAAGCUACGCUACAGUAGCGGAAAUCGCUGAGGAAUUUGAUCAUCGAAGAAUUUUGUCACCGCUGGUUAAGGCUGAUUUGGAAAAGCUGAGGCAAAGACUAAGCAAACUGCUCAAACGUGCGCAGGAACAACAGAGCGUGCUUGUGGACUCCCAAUCACGCUACAGUCUGUUUAGCGAUACCGGCAGUGAAAGCGGUGCCGUUCAGUCUCCGUUCAGCGAGGGUCUGGAACGAGUUUCACAUCUGCUUAACGAAUUACGCGAUAAGUUACCAGCAACCGAGCUGAAAGUCUUCGACUCUGGCGUCAUCGCCGAGCAGCUACAUGAUUGCGUGCAAAUGUACGAGAAGUUGAAGCAGAUCAAGGGUGAAGUUGAAGCAUUGAUAAGACAAGGCCAUGCGAUUGUUGAAGCUGAUCCUACAUUGCCGGAAAGCGAAAGUCUUAGUCAGCGGUUGGACAGUAUCAAAACACAGUACAACCAGUUGGGAGCGCAGGUAACUGCUACCAAAGCGGAACUGGAUAAUGUCGUUCGACUGGUGACGAAAGCGGAAAAGGAACUGGACACCUGGAGAAUUAGCAUGGAUGAGAUUGACCAGGCCCUUGCGGAAUUAGCCGAAUUGGCUGGCGUGGAAGAAUUCGACGACACUUUAGCGGAUAUUAAAAGCAGCGUCGCCCACCAGGAAGAAACACUGUCAUCGUUGCGGAACAUGAGACAGCGCAUGCGUGAAAUCGCCAUGAAGCCAACAAUCCCGGGUUUCGAUCCUAAAUAUUCACAACAUAGCCAAAGAUGGUUGGCGAUCCAGAACCGUGUGAAAACGGCCAAAUUACAGCAGGUUGUGCCGCAUAAAAUCUCUACUCCCUCAGUGGAGGUGCCAUCGAGAGAGGGUCAAACUGAAAGGGUCAUUGUGAAGGAGGAAGUGAUAAAAACAGUUGUUACUAGCACCACUGCCGUUGCGAGUGAAAGGCCGAACUUGUACCGCCAGCCUACCAACAAGUCAUCGCCUCCUCCGCUUAACCUUGGGAUCACACAUUUGAAGGAGUAUCAGCGGUCGCUGCAGCAAAAAAUUAAUGCCGCACACGAACGGGUUGUUUUAACUAAUGUCGAAGGUAAAAAGGCAACUGGCAGACACGCUGAGGAAUUGAAUACGGAAAUCGCCAAUUUGCAACAGCGUCUUGAGAAUUCGCGCCAAGCAGAAAAUGCAAUGCGCAAAUUUGACACAUUCUGUGUGAGCUGCGAAGAGAAACUACUCACUCUGCUCCGUAUGCCACCGGCUUCAGCAGCGGAAGUGAAAGUGAGAGCGUCCGAUCUGGAGGCAGUAAAGCAUGAAGUGAUGGUUAACCAAGCCGUCUAUAAGGAUGUUGUGAGUUGCGUGGACGCGGCUGUCACCAACAGUCGGGAUGCAAAUGAUACUAAUCAACUGGAACUGGUGAAAGUCGCCAUCAAUAAUCGUUGGACGGAUAUACAAGAGAAACUAAAAUCCAGCGGAAAGGAUCUCUCGUCGGUAUUGUUGCUUUAUGAAUCUUUGGAGAACGAACUGCGACCCUGGCUUGAAAAAACAGAAACUCUAGCGGCAAACGAUAAAUUUUCAGAUACGGAACGGCAGACGAUGCUGAUUGACGAGAAAGCCAACAAGCUUGCCACGUACAACAUGAUCCUGGAUUUGGGCAAUAACGUUUUGAAUAAUGUUUACAAAUCACCAAAUGCUGAACCAUUGCGUGGUCAGCUGGAUGAUGUUAAACAUCGUUGGAAUAGGCUGGGCGGAAGGAUGAAAGACAUAAGCAGCGCAUCCCCUCGUAACGGCUUGGAAGAAUCGUUUGAUGAAGCCGCUAUCAUGGCCCUUCUGACGGAGCACUGGAACUGGGUGAAGCGCAAACAAGAAGAAUUGUCCACUCUGCAGCCGUCCGGGGAUCGUAUACUGUUGCAGCGUUUGCACGACUUCCAUCAACUCUUCCGUGCCCAACUGGAAGCCAAGCGGCCAGAAAUCGAGGCCGCCCUGAGUAAAGGCCGCGCACUGGAGCAGCGACUUCAGUCCCCCACGUCUAAACCGCUUUCCGCUCAGUCGACGACUGUGUCCAUGGAACAGCUGAACCGGAAAAUGGAAGAGCUGUCAGCUAGUUGGCGUACCAUCUUUUUGCAGUCGGACGCGCUGCAACAGGAAACGGAAGUGUUAACUGGCGAGUUGGAUAACUUGUUGAAGCUAUGUGAGACGGUUCGACCAAAACUUGAUGACCUGGAACGGGAAAGCAAUAAAUGGGAGUCGACUGACGAAGUUAAUCUAGAAGAUCUGAAUAAAAGACUGGAAGAAGCAAAGAAGUUUAAAGUGAAGAUUGAUGCGCAAAAUCCGAAGCUGGAGGAGAUAACUUCCUUGGCGGCUAGAAUUCAACGUACUCCGGGUUCAUUGUCUGAGGAGGUUGUGCGAUCAGUCGAAAAGCUGAAUAAGCAUCAACACUCCUUGUCCGUCAAGAUUGAGGAGCGGCUCUCUCAGCUGGAAGGCGCAUUGGAAGACGUGUCUUCUUCCAGCAACCAGCAUAUCCUUGGCAGUUCUGUGGAUGACCCCUGGGAGCGCAGAGUUUCUCCGAGCAAAGUGCCUUAUUUCAUAAAUCAUGCGGAACAGUCAACGACCUGGGACCAUCCUAAACUGAUUGACUUGAUGUCAGCAGUCAACGAUGUGAAUAAGAUUCGUUUUUCGGCCUACCGAACGGCUGCCAAGCUUCGAAUUGUCCAGCGGAAACUUUACCUGGAUUUAUUACCACUUAAAGAAGCCGCAGAAAUUUUUGACAAGUGCGGCCUUCGAGCACAAAAUGCCGCAACGUUGGAUUGCUCAGCAGCGGUGGACUGUCUGAUGAUGGUUUACGAGCGCCUGAAUGAGGAAAAUCCUAACCGAAUCAAUUUUGCCUUGGCAAUUGAUGUUUGCUUGAACUGGCUAUUGAAUUGUCAUGACCCGAAGCGCACUGGACAAAUACCGGUGCUGGCAUUCAAGCUUUCCUUAAUCAUCUUGUGCCAAGGAGAAUUAAUUGAUAAAUACAAAUAUCUCUUCCGGUUGAUUGCUGAUGAAAAUCAGAAUGCCGACAGGCAGCAUAUCUCGCAGUUGUUGCGUCAUUUUCUGGAUAUACCCCUCUAUCUGGCCGAAGUGGCCGCCUUCGGCGGGAGCAAUGUAGAGCCGAGUGUUCAAAGUUGUUUUGAAUUCUCAACCAACGGAAUCGAUAUUCAAGCCAAGCAGUUCCUCUCCUGGUUGGCCCGUGAGCCGCAGUCGCUGGUGUGGCUGAGUGUUCUCCAUCGCUUAAUUGCGGCGGAAGGCGCACGACAUCCGGCCAAGUGCAAUAUUUGUCGUCAGUUUCCCAUCGUCGGUUUGCGGUAUCGGUGUCUGAAGUGUUUCAACUUUGACUUAUGCCAGAAUUGCUUCUUUACCGGACAGAAGAGCAAGCAUCACAAAAUUAGCCAUCCGAUGCAAGAAUACUGUUUUCCGGCCUCUUCGAGCGAAGACAUGCGGGAUUUCCGUCGCGUGCUGAAGAAUAAGCUGCGUUCAAAGGAUGCGUCGACUGGGAUGGACACCAAACAACUGGGCUAUCUACCAGUACAACCAGUAACAUCGGGAAAAGCACCGGCAGACACUACCACGGCGACUUCUACUCUGAACUCACAUAAUACGAAAGGUUCGGUUAGCUCCGGGGACGGCGUUUCGGCAUUCACUCAAAGCCGUGUAAUUGAAAUGGACGAGGCUCGAUAUACUUCCACACCGGAAAUUGACGACGAGCAUGAUUUGAUUGCCCGUUAUAGCAGUAUCCUGAAUGGAACCCCUUCGGCGCAGACGACCGGCCAGGUUCUCCAAACUGUUGAGCGGGAAGAAAAGCAGGAGAUGGAGGAAUACUUGCGACAACUGCAAAUGGAUCAUGACAAACUAAUUCAAGAGUUGGAGCAUACUCGGUAUUUGCACGAAAGCAUGCCUAAUGAUGACUUAGUGGCGGAAGCCAGUAUACUGCGAGAAGAUAAAAGCCGUUUGGAAGCGCGAAUGAAAAUCCUUGAAGAUCAUAAUCGACAAUUAGACGCACAAUUGAAGCGUAUCAAGAAUCUAGUGGAUGAGACACACGAACGCAAUGCGGCUACCUUACCUGCUAAUGGAAGCGUUGGGCGUCGUUAUGAUUCACCACAUGAUGAUCUGGCCCUUUCUCAUCGAAUUUCUAGUAGAAGCCCAUCGUCGGCACAUAAUUCGCCGGCUUUCUCGAGGGUGACAGCGACACAAAAUAGCUAUUCAGUGGGGCAGCUUUUCCAUGCCGCUGGAAGUUUGAAUGUGGCUGUGGGAACUUUAGUGACUGUGAUGAACGAAGAAGAAAGGCGGCUUGAUUCCCAAAAUUCUAACGUUAAUCCCAGUUAGGCAUCUGCCUGACAGUCAGGAUAUGCAACAGAUGGGAAAUUCGUCUGUUUUGAUAGUGGCCUUAAUAUUGGUGGUCUUUUGACCAAAUGUUUGAUGUUUUAAUGCAUAUUCCGUUUGGAAGCCUCUGUCUUUUUUUGGUUUUUAGUUUUUAACGUGUUGUCUUGUGUGACGUAGCGUUUUCUCACCUUUGCACAUAGUUCCUUUUUACAGCGGUUUAUGAAUAUUUAUUUGCAUGCUUUUGAAAGCGUUAUUUUGCUUGUUUUGAGUGCGAGGUAAAUCCUAUAAAAAAAACUUGAAAGGGUGAAAAA